CCCAAAAUGAAAUUCUGAAAACAUAACGUUUACUAGAUUUGUAAAAUGAGCUCUAAAGGUCAUUUCUUGACCGUUUCUGAAAUUGCAGAGGGUAGCAAACUUACAUCAGUCUUGACUGAAUUUCAAUUGCAGGUUUUGAGUUUAGAGGAACUUGCUGGUCGGAUUGCAGACAUUGAUAAACGGAGAGCAAGAGAAAUUCUUGAAAAUGCUGUUCAAAGAAUUAUUGAAUUGUUGACAGUUGAGAAACCAUUUGCUGUGAGUGAAAAAGCAAGUAUUGGACAGAUUGAUUCAACCGUAGAGUUGGCAAAUGAAAACACUGAGACAGACAGUCCAAUUAUUCUAGUCAAUGAACUGGAAACUAGUGAAUCAACUGCUUCAAACCAAGAAGACAUUGUGGCAUGGGAAGAACCUCUAACACAGGAUCAGGACAAAAUAGUAUCUGUUCACCCAGAACAGAACAGUGCCGCUAUCUCUGACGUAGCAUUCAGCACAACCCCAAACCUGAGAACUGCAAAACCGCAUGGCCUUGUCUUCACCAUGGUAACCAGAGGUUCCAAACAGCCUAAACAAAAGACAGGGAACCAAUCAGACGAAAACAUGGAACCAACUAUUCUUGGCCCAGUGAGGAAAAGGGGGCGUGGCAGACCUAAGGGAACAAUUCCGCCCCCUGUGGUCAAUGAUCAGGGACAGAAUGUGUAUCGAUGUGAAACAUGUAAGGCAGAGGUCAAGACAUACCAUGCUUUACUUGUACACAUGCGACGUCAUUCCGGACAGCGGCCAUUUACGUGUGAUAUUUGUGGGAAAGCAUUCACAACCAAGGGAAACAUGCAGGCCCACGUUGCAUGUGCUCACACAGAUGAGAAACCGUGGACGUGCCCAACGUGCGGGAAGGCUUUUAAGGAGAAAAAGAGUCUAAAGAUACAUGAGAGAAUUCACACUGGGGAAAAGCCAUACAGCUGCUCCGAGUGUCACCAGGCUUUCACCCAGCUGGGGGCUCUAAAGGAACACAUGCUGAUCCACGCCGGCCUCAAGCCCCACCUCUGUGACCUAUGUGGCCAGGAAUUCAGGUCUCGAACUAAUCUCAAUGAACACAAAAAGCGACAUCUCACUCAAAAACUACUUCAAUGUCGAUCUUGUGACAACACCUUUUAUAACAGAGCUUCCCUCCAGAGACAUGAAGCAAUGCACAUCAAGGCCGAAUACUCUUGUGACCUGUGCGGAGAUACAUUUACACAGCCUGAUGAUCUUCAUAACCACUUGUUAACUGUUCACACAACCGUAGCCCAACCCCUAGUGUGCGAAAACUGUAACUUUGUGUUCGAGGACCAAUCAGAAUGGGCAGAGCAUAGACAGUUGCACGAAAAUGACUCGGGGGCACUGGGAGGGACCCCGGUCCCGGUUGAGGGUGGGGAUACAGUGUACCUCACCUCGGGAGAGGGGCUGCUCACCUCUGGGGGUGGUGAUCAGGUCUUGCUUGUUGAGGAGGGGGUGGGGAUAGGAGGCGGGGGUUAUGAUGCCCUCCACUCAGUUCUGGUAUCAGCUGCCAUGAGUGCGGACACGCUGGGGGAAGGCGGUACACAGUUUGUUCAUGUGCUUUGUGUGGACCCAGAAACUGCACAAAUCUCUAACACUGAUCAGACACUUAUUUAAAACUAAACAAUUCUGGUGCAAAUUUGUACAUUUAUUUGGUCAAUACAGUUUGUCCAUAUAUUUUGAAAACUGCACAGAGCAAUAACACAGACCCUAAUAAAUUAUAAAACUUGUCAUAAAUAUUAUAUAUUGGCAAGCUAGUAUAAAAUUGUUGGUUAUUUAGACGAAGAUACUUCACAGAUCUUAAGAACAGACAUAUUUGACCCUAAAAUUUGUUUAAUCCUAGAAUAGGUCUUAGUUGUUAGUUUGAAACAAGAUAUUGCACAGAUCUCAAACACAGACUGGAUACUUAAUUCAUAACUUGCAAAGGGUGAAUUUCUCAAAAUAUCUUAAAUACAAAGGGUUUAAUCCUUCAAUGCAAUUAAGCUUGAAAAUCUUAUUAAAACCUGAAUUCACAGAUCGGAAUGAAAUUGACUGCGAAUAUAGUUUUUGUUAUUUUUCUAAAAAUGUGCAAUACUGCCAAUAGUGGGAGUAGACCUAAAUAAAUCGUGUAACUAGUAAU